CUUUCUUAAUAGGCGCUCUGAAAUUGGAUCUUCUCGCACUUCUCUUUCAUUAUCCACCAUGUUCCGCUCAGCACUCACAAAGACCGGACUCAGCUCUGCAAUAGCACCAAAGGCUGCAAGAGUUGGUAUUGCACCAGUGCUCGCCCGUGGUUACCACGAGAAUGUCAUUUCGCAUUACGAGAGCCCAAGAAAUGUGGGCUCUCUACCCAAACACGACGCUGAUGUCGGUACUGGGUUGGUUGGGGCACCUGCUUGCGGAGAUGUCAUGAAACUCCAAAUCAGAGUAGACGAAAGCGGCAUCAUAAGUGAUGUCAAGUUCAAGACGUUUGGUUGCGGUAGUGCCAUCGCUUCGAGUUCAUAUAUGACUGAGCGUGUCAAGGGCCUUACCCUUGAGGAGGCUGGGAAAAUUAAGAACACUGAAAUUGCAAAGGAGUUGUGUCUUCCUCCUGUGAAGCUUCAUUGCUCAAUGCUAGCAGAGGAUGCUAUUCGUUCCGCUAUUCGGGAUUAUCGGUCAAAGCGGAGUAAGCUGACCGACGGUCAAAAAUCAGGCUUCAUCGAUGUAACCCAGAGUGUGAUUUCCGGGGAGACAGUGGCCACUGCACAUCCCGGUAUGCCUGCAUAAAUAGACGUUUUCUCAUGUCGAUGUUUUUCCAUGUGCUGUCUUCGUGCACGUCCCAUCAUUUUGUUUGUUCCUCAUAUCCAUGUUCGUAUCAAUUCCUGCAUUUAUGUUCACAUAUUUCUCAAAAUGACCUAGGUCGGAUGAUUAGUAGCCAGUUGUAUUACCACGUCGCACUGAUAAUUUUAAUGCUAUGCAUAUUGCCCAGAGCG